AUGAGGAUACGAAAUGAAUCUAUUGACAGUUACAGUAGUAAUCGUGAUAAUAAUUGUAACAAUCAUCUUCAGAACACCGGAAUUAACCCGCCGUCGCCGAAGCGGCAAAAAAUAACGACUGACAUCAAUAACACAAACGACUUACCUGGACCAUCUAACCAACCACUAAUGAAACAUCUGAAACCUACUAACGCCGUACCAAUGAUAGUAACAUUCGCCGACUCACCAAAUAACGACAACUCACCAGCAACAACCUCACGUCCGGACCUAACACCUAACGCAUCUCCCAGCUCACCAACUCUCACCACCUCACCGUCCUCACCCUCCUCAUCAACAACAACUGACAAUUCAACUCACCCGAGCACUAACUGCACUUACAAUUUACGUCAUCCGCGACGUGAGGUUAACAGACUAACGACCCGACCUCGUCCGCAGGAGUACCAGGCCACUAACAUCGCCUCACUAAACCCUGGACUCCUGGCCGAGCUGGCAAAGCCACUAACAACACCGUACUCGAUCCAUAACAACAAAGUUUGUAAGUAUUACGAUUAA